GCAAAAUGCUGUCAAUCAGAAAAGUGCUUUGCGUUUCGUUGCUUCAUUACUUUGUUUGUGGGAAUAUUAUAAAAAAUCAACCACCAAACUAUCAUCGCAUUUUGGGCACUAAACCAGCACAAAAAAUACCAUCCUCAACUCCUCCAAGCAAGGAAUGUGAGCCAGGCAAGAGUUUAAACAGCAGAAAUGAUAUCAAAGUCAUGAUAGACUUUAUUUAUAACGAAACAUCUGCAGAUAAAUUAGUCAAACAAAAUUACCAAUCAAACGCAGAAGCGAUACGGAAUAAGCAUUUACAGGAUCUUAAUGGUUUUACUGCAUGGUUUGAGAAUCAGCCAGAACAUUUGAAAGAUCUUCUCCAAACUCUCGAAACGAUAAGAAAAAUGCAAGUAGAACCAGCGGUCAAAAUGGUCACCGAUGAGCUCAGUGAAUAUCCGAAAUUGGAAAUGUCAUAUAACAAACAAAAUGAUCAAGCUAAUAAAUUGUUUGAUAAAUUUAACAGGUACAGCAAUAUUUGCAAGUUGAAAUGUGAAGAUAAGCAAGUCAAAGAACAUAAUAUAGCCAAACGACAAGUUCCAGAUGGUUAUUAUUGCAGUUCUUUAGAAGAUUUACAUAAAGAAAUUACAGAAAAACUCAAUAAAUCUGUUGAAAAAUUAAAUAGUUGGACGCUCAAUAGUCUUUCUUUAGGUGAUAAGAAAUAUGAAGAAAAAAUCGAUGAAAUAAAAUCCAAAUUGAAAGACAGCGCACUAAAGGAGUUCGGUCGAACUAUGUAUGAUAUCCUUAGCUUGGAAUAUGAGUAUCAUAGCUUUAUGGAUAGUAUAACUUCUAUAGAUUUACAUGAAGCUAUUUAUGAUAUUAAAAGCCUAAAGUUGGAAGUAGAUGAAAAAUUAUUGGUAUUGGAAGAAGCUAUUGAGGAAUAUGGAGAACACUGUAAUAGUUGCGAUUCUAAAAUUUUGAUAAGGAACCCAAGAAAAGCAAACUUAGGAUCCGAAGCAAAAAUGGCACCGAAUCUGGUGGAUGAGUUAAUAGAAAUUAAGUAUAAUGAAAUCACAACUGAAACACUGAAUGAUUUUAAAAACAUAUUCAACGAUUUAGAUGUAUUGAUACAGAAAAUUGAUGAAGAGAAUAUUAGUAUAGAUAAACUGAAACCAAUUCAAGAAGAAAUUAAUAAAAUGACUAACAAUGAAAAAGACGCCUUGAGUAAAUUAAAAAAGGAUGAAUCAAAGUUGGUUAUACUAAUAUUGCAACUGAUCAAGAAAUUAAAGGAGUUGGUGAAAUUGAUUAUAAAGAUUAUCCAUUGCAUAUUUCCUAAAUAGACAAGAGCAUAAUACGAUUGCCAAAAAGAGACAGCAUUAAAAAAAUUAAUAGGUAUAUCAGUUUAAGUGUCCUUGUGAAGUGGGGCUAUUAUCAAAGAAUUAAUAAGUUUUAUAAGACGUGUGCUUUGAAUAAAAAGAAAUAAUAAAAAUUCAAGUUAUUCGGUUGCCUUGCACAUACACAUACCAAAUUGUACUUAUUAAUUAUUAUAUUUUUAGUUCUCAGCGUUUGCAAUGCUUGUCUCAUAAAUUACUUGAAACACUUUAGUAUAAUAUUAUACUGCACGAUAAUAACAAUAAAAUUUUGAAAU